AUGAGCAUCCCUGUCUUUCUGCAGAAGACCUUCGACAUGCUGGGCUGCUGCGCGCCCGAGGUCGCCGCCUGGAGCAACAACGGCCGGUCCUUCGUCGUCAAGUCGCCCAAGGCCUUUGAGAAGACGAUGCUGCCGCUCUACUUCAAGCACAACAACUUCGCCUCGUUUGCGCGCCAGCUGCGCUUCUAUGGCUUCGACAAGACCAAGAAGCUCGAGGUGCACCCUGCGUCCGAGCUCGGCUCUAGCAUGUGGGAGUUCACGCACGCCAAGUUCCGCCGCGACGACCCGGAGAAGAUGGCAUCCAUUCGCCGCAAGACGUGCACAGAGCCUAACUCCAAGUGGGACAAGGAGGACGUCGACAUGCUCAAGAGUAAGAUGACGACGCUCCAGACGCAGCUCUCGACGCUGUCGGACCAGAUCAGCCUCCUCACGUCCAUGGUGCACGAGUACGCCGAGGCCGUCGACGAAGAGGACAUGCAGAUGAUGCCCACGCCCGUCGCGGACGCCACGGCGUCGAUGGUCAACGACAUGCUCGAGAUUGAAGCCGCGGACCUUUACGCCGAGUUCGACUACGACUUUUUUGGCUCGUUUGCGACCGACAAGGCACUCGGCUUUGAGCCCCUGGGCCUCCCGCUCGAGUCAUAA